AUGUAUUUACCUGAAUAUAUUGAUAAUUAUCUACCUAUCUAUCUAUCUAUCUAUCUAUCUAUCUAUCUGUAUAUAUAUUCAUUUCUAUCUUUCUUUCUAUCUAUUACAAUGUUUCUAUCUAUCAAUCCAUCUAUCUCUGCCUCUCCUCUCUCUCUCUCUCUAUCUAUCUAUCUAUAUACUUAUAUAUGUCCAUUUCUAUUUACUUUUUACAAUUUAUAUCUAUCUAUUUAUCUAUCUAUCAAUCUAUCUAUCUAUCUAUCUCAAUAUGUUUCUAUCUACCUACCUAUCUUGUCCUUCUCCUUCCCUCCUUCCAUUUUUUUUCUAAAAUUUUUCUUACCUCAAUUUUACCACUCCAUAUUAAUUCUCGUCUCCUCCUCUCUCUCUCUCUCUCUCUCUCUCUCUUCCGCAUUUUCUUUCCUCUUUACAUCCUGUCUUUUUAUCUACCGAUUUACCCCUCUUUAA